AUGACAGGGCUUGUAAUGGUGACAAGGGGAGGUGGGUGUGGUGGUGGUAAUGGGAAAGGAACUAAAGGAACUAACAAGAGCUCAGAGGAAGAGCAAAACCAGAUUUCUCUGGUAGCCCUUCUCUUAGCUGCUGUAAGGAAAUCCGUGGUGGCCUGCCGUGUUGAACGAGGUGAAGAAGUCAUCUCCACCGUCCACAACAUGGAGAUCGGGUGGCCCACAAAUGUCCAGCACGUUACCCAUGUCACCUUUGAUCGCUUCAACGGGUUUCUGGGUCUUCCUGUUGAGUUCGAGGUUGAGGUCCCUGGUCGAGUUCCCAGUGCUAGUGCAAGCGUGUUUGGCGUCUCAGCAGAGUCAAUGCAGCUGUCUUUUGAUUCAAAAGGGAACAGUGUCCCUAUCAUUCUCUUGCUACUGCAGGAGCGAUUAUACUCACAAGAAGGACUGAAGGCAGAAGGAAUAUUCCGUAUCAACCCAGAGAACAGCCAUGAAGAGCUUGUGAGAAGCCAAUUGAAUAGGGGCAUUGUACCUGAUGACAUUGAUGUCCAUUGUCUGGCAGGCCUAAUCAAAGCCUGGUUUCGAGAACUUCCUUCCGGAGUGCUAGAUGGACUAUCCCCUGAACAAGUUCUUCAAUGUAACACAGAAGAGGAAUCUGUUGAGCUUGUGAAGCAGUUAAAGCCAACUGAGACCGCGUUACUCAAUUGGGCUAUAAAUCUGAUGGCUGAUGUUGUUGAGGAAGAAGAAUUCAACAAAAUGAAUGCAAGAAAUAUCGCUAUGGUUUUUGCUCCAAACAUGACUCAGAUGUCUGAUCCUCUGACGGCUUUGAUGCAUGCGGUUCAAGUAAUGAAUUUGCUUAAGACCCUGAUUAUGAAAACACUGAGAGAACGGGAAGAGAAUGAUGAAACUGGUGGAUAUUCACCAAUGUCAUCUAGUUCAUCUGAUCAUCAAACAGAUGAAGACUUUGAUAGUCAGCAAGAAAUGGAUACCAGAUCUGAAUUAGGGGGACCGGCAUCAGACUUUGAUGAAAAUGGCCACUCCAGCUGCAGCAGUGAAGACGAAGACGAAGACGAAGUCCCGUCGCUAAGCGAGAUAGAAGCAUGCUUCUUAAGACAUUUGGGUGAGAAUAAAGCUGUCACAAAUAGCUUGGAUCAAUCAACAGGGGAGUUGCAUGGGGAGUCUCUAAGUCCUCAAAGUUGCCUGAGUACAAGUGAUGGGGAAGACUCUGGGAAACAUAUAAAGAGCUCUUCAUCAGUAUCAUGUUCAAAAAUGAAGGAAAUGGAGAUGGUGGACAGAUAA